AUGUCUGCUGGAAGAGCUGUGACCUGCAAAGCUGAGCGUCUCAUACAUGAAGAUGGGAAUCAGCUAGGUAGUUCGACUGUCCAGCACAAACACGAUGAUCCAAAGGCCCUCUCCUGUGCAAGAAGAUUUCAGGAGUUCUUGUUGAUGAUGUACUCCACACCUCUUCAUCACCAUAAACAAAGGUGCUGGGCCUCAGUUCAUCAUCAUCUCUUUUCUGUGGUUUAUAUCUUAACAGGUAAGAAAAAGAGCAGGGGACUGAAGUUAUCGAAGGAAGUUUUCGAGCAACCACAGGCAAGCCCCACUCCACCAAGAGACCUGGAUUCAAAGGCUUGUAUUGCUAUUGGUGAAAAGAAUUUCGAAGUGAAAGCCGAUGACCUGGAACCGUUAUCGGAGCUGGGCCGCGGUGCGUAUGGGGUUGUGGAGAAGAUGCGACACACACCCAGUGGUACGCUAAUGGCUGUCAAGAGGAUCCGUGCCACGGUGAACAGUCAAGAACAGAAGCGGUUGCUGAUGGACCUUGAUAUUUCCAUGCGUACUGUAGACUGUCCCUUCACUGUUACCUUCUAUGGAGCACUUUUUCGUGAGGGAGAUGUGUGGAUUUGCAUGGAGCUAAUGGACACGUCGUUGGACAAAUUCUACAAACAAGUGAUAGACAAAGGAAUGACUAUCCCUGAAGAUAUCUUAGGAAAGAUCGCAGUUUCCAUUGUGAAGGCUUUGGAACAUCUUCAUAGCAAGCUGUCUGUGAUACACAGGGAUGUGAAGCCAUCCAAUGUCCUGAUUAACGUACAAGGCCAGGUUAAGAUGUGUGACUUUGGCAUUAGUGGCUACCUUGUAGAUUCAGUAGCUAAAACCAUGGAUGCAGGUUGCAAGCCAUACAUGGCCCCAGAGAGAAUUAACCCAGAGGUGAAUCAGAAGGGCUACAGUGUCAAGUCUGACAUCUGGAGUCUGGGAAUCACCAUGAUUGAGAUGGCGAUCUUAAGAUUCCCAUAUGAUUCGUGGGGCACGCCUUUCCAGCAGCUGAAACAGGUGGUGGAAGAGCCUUCUCCUCAGCUUCCUGCUGACAGAUUCUCCAAAGAGUUUGUCGACUUCAGUGCCAAGUGACUUCAACAUGCAGUUUGCAGCAUAUGGUGAUCUAAGAAAAAUUACUCACAAC